AUGCGCAUCUUGACGUGGAACAUCAAUGGGCUUCGCGCAGUCUUGACCAAGGCGAACCAGAGCCUCGACGAGUUCAUCGCCGCAUGUGACGCCGACAUCGUGUGCUUCCAGGAGACGAAGCUGACGCGGUCCGAAAUGACGGAAGCAUUUGCUUGCCCCACCUCGUUCGAUGCGUUCUAUGCGUUUUCACGAGUCAAGAAAGGCUACGCUGGCGUCGUGACGUUCGUCCGCGCAUCGGCAGUGCACACCAUGGACGCAGACACGACUGCGUGCGUGUUUCAAGAAGGACGCAUUGUCUUGACGGUGCAUCCGGAGUGGAUGAUCGUGAACGCGUAUUGCCCGACCACGGCCGGCAACAUGGAGCGGAAGAUGCAGUUUCUCGGCAGCCUCUCGACACAACUUGACACGUGGCGCCAGGACUACCCCGACAAACCCCUCAUCUUUGUGGGGGACUUUAAUGUAAUCCACCAACCCAUCGACCACUCCCAAGACCACAUCCCCAACGAAGCCACAGUCUGGCUGGAUAGUGUCCUCGGCACAGACAACCCAUCCAACCAACACGAGCUCGUUGACGUAUUUCGCCACUUCCACCCGAACGAUGAAAGGGCAUACACGUGCUGGAGCCAACUGACUGGCGGCCGGGAAACCAACUACGGCGUUCGUCUGGAUUACAUUCUCUUGGAUAAGCGGUUGGUCGACGCUGCAGUCGAUUGCUGGCUGUGGGUGGAUAAAGUCGGGUCCGACCAUUGCCCGGUCGUCCUUGAUAUCGACACGUUAGCAUCCGCUGGAGCCCCCACGACAGCCUCUGCGUGCGCAAAGUUCUAUCCCGAGUUUGCCGGCAUCCAGCAGUCGUUGCGUGGAUUUCUGUCCCAUCUGCCACCACCCAUUCACACGCCUGACGUUCCAACUCCACCCCCAACGAAACCCUCCUCUCUGCGGCAACAAUCCAUUGCGGCCUACUUUGGCACCCCAAAAGUGACCCCCACACCUCCCGCGACCUACCCGAGUGACUCCACCAUGAGGCACAGCCUUGCAUGUUCAGUAUACUCAAUGUCUCCAGCAAGCAUGUCGACCAACGAUCCUAUCGGCGGCGCCUGCGGCAGUGAGUCCAUCACCCACUUGGACGAGUUCCAAACCGUGGCGGCAUCGUGGAAAACGCUGCUGCCUGGCAAAGCGCCCCCACCACCGCUCUGCUCGGGCCACAACCUUCCUUGCCUCUUGCGCACAGUCCUCAAGCAAAAUGAGAACUGGGGACGCAAGUUUUACUUGUGCUGCAAACCAGAGGGCGCUCCAGGAGACCCCAACGGCCGGUGUGACUUUUUCCAGUGGGUGCCGUCCAAAAAGCGAAAAGCUGGCGCGUAA